CUACAAUUAACAAAAACAAAUAAAUCGCGUCGCUUACGUAGUGCUGAGAUGAAUGCUAAUUCGGUACGUUAUUAAUCCUUGACGGAUGGCGUUUUUUGUACGCGUUUCUAUUAAAUUUAUCCAUUCGAAAUCGGCGUCGAAUUUUAUUGGAAUAUUAUGCUUUCAUGAGCUCGCACUUUAUUAACAGUCUGUCAAUUUAAAUUCACGAAUUUCCGCAUUUUUAUUGCAUAUUCCCGUAGUUAAUACGCACUUGUGUCUGCGCAUUUUUGUCGACUCCAUGGUUUUCUUUGUUAGAAUCGAUGGAUUGAAUAUGUAUGACAAAUUUGAAAUCGAAUUAAAAUUUCAUACAUAUUAAAAGCCUCACUCAAUUUAUUAUACUUAUUUAGAUGGAUUUCCGUGCAUGCGAAACAAUAGUUUACGUGUGGUGAUUUAUCAAUGGUUAAGCGAAAUGUGCUCGUGGUAAAAAUACGAACGUCGACCAAAAGAUGUUCGUCAUCGAGGAUGAAAAUAAGCACGUCCAUUAUUUUCUUCGAAUUUUUAAUCUUGCUCGUUUAUUAUAUGAUUUUGGAUUAUCUUAAACUUAAACGAAUGCAAUUUGCUAGUGCACCUGCAAUACGCAAAUCAUACCUGGCGUUGCAAAUAAAACCAAAGGCAAACGGGGUAGUAGGUGUCAGACACAGACAGUCAACCCCAAAAUGUCUACUGCCAACAGUUACAUGGAUAACAGCACCGAAGAAAUCAUGAACGAUAAUGAAAUCAACAUCUCGAACAACACCUUGUCCCCCUGUGGCGAACAAGAGGACGUGUCCCUCAACUCAGACGACAGAGAAUUGGAGGAAAUCAAAGCCAGAGUGAAGGAAAUGGAAGAUGAAUCGGAGAAACUGAAGCAACUGCAGGCCGAAAUCGACAAGCAGAUGCAGCUGGACAGUCCGCCGCACCAGCACCUCAACCAAUCCCUCGAGGAAAAGAUCGAGGCAGACAAUCGUAGCGUGUACGUGGGAAACGUUGACUACGGUACCACCCCGGAGGAGCUAACCAAGCAUUUCCGGGGCUGCGGCAUCAUUAACCGUGUCAACAUCCAGCACAACAAGUUCGAUGGGAAGCCGAAAGGCUUCGCCUACAUCGAGUUCGACAAUAAGGACUCUGUGAGUGUGGCGAUGGCCAUGGACGAGUCCCUUUUGAGGGGACGUCAGAUCAAAGUGAUGCCGAAGAGGACCAAUCGUCCUGGCAUCUCCACCACUCACCGUCCGCCCAGAGGAAGGAAUCUCUUCAGGGGAAGAGGAGGUAGAGGACGUGGUUCCAGAGGGUUCGGCAGGCCUUCUAGAAGACCUGGACGUGGAUUUUACAAUCCGUAUUGAUCAUAUUUAUCUAGUUUAGGAUGUAAACAAAUUUUUGUCAUAUAUUUAUUUGAAUUCAUGAAUUUAUUUAACCUACAAUAAUUGUGUGACAAUUAUUGUUGUUCAUUUUAUUAUAUUUUGUGUUAUUUUUACUCAAUGUACCACGA